AUGUGCUUUACAGGGACGGUGAGUAGGUGGAACCAAUCUCAAUUUAGAGGUACAGACACAGAUAGGAAGCCAAAUGGAAGCUUAGGGACACUUCUGUUUGAGGCACAGCAAAUGCUAUCAGAUGACAAGGUGAAUUGGAAUUACUCAUUCGAGCGGUUGGUCAGCCAUCUGGGGGACAAGUUGUUCAUUGUCAAGGAUGGCAGACAGUCCCAGCUGUUAGGCCUUUUCCUGGUUGCUAAAGCAAGCCCCAGGCAGAGUGGCCAGUCUCCUGUGAGGGAAGAAGAGAAAUGCAUGCGCAGAUGUGGUUUAUUUCACCAUCACUGA